GCCUACCCACAACUCUCCACCUCCUCCCGUCCCCCGCUCUCAUUGUCUCGGGCAGGUCGUGCGCUUCGGCGUGACGUCACGGCGCGCCGGCUCCUUCUUUGUUUACCUCUCCCACCCGCUGAAUCUUCGCCGGCUCCCGAGAAGGGGCGGACUUGUGUUGGCGGACAGCGAGUCCGCGAGCCGCCUCCUGAUUGGCCAGGGGAGCCUAUAUUUGGGGGUGUAGGAAGAGGGCCUGCAACUGCUGGGCGGAGGGAGACCUCUUUUUUUUUCGCAGAGCGAGGCCGGGGCUGCCGCUUCGCGUUGGCCGUUGGAGCCUGGCUGACUGCCGUUUAUGACCGGGCGUCGGUUGGGGAAGCCUUCGGUUCGUCGCCGGCGAGAGGGAGGCGAGGGAAGGGGAAGGGAGCAUGGCGGCCUCGGCGUCGGAGAAGAGCAACAAGAAGAAGACGGAGAAGAAACUCGCCGCCCGGGAAGAAGCCAAAUUGCUGGCCAGCUUCAUGGGGGUCAUGAACACCAUGAGGAAGCAAAAAACACUCUGUGAUGUCAUUCUCAUGGUCCAGGAAAGGAAGAUCCCAGCUCAUCGUGUUGUGCUUGCUUCAGCAAGUCACUUCUUUAACUUGAUGUUUACCACAAAUAUGAUUGAAUCAAAGUCUUACGAAGUGGAGUUAAAAGAUGCAGAGCCAGAUAUUAUUGAGCAGCUUGUGGAGUUUGCUUAUACUGCAAGAAUUUCCGUAAACAGCAACAAUGUCCAGUCAUUGUUAGAUGCUGCAAAUCAAUAUCAAAUUGAACCUGUGAAAAAAAUGUGUGUGGACUUCUUAAAAGAGCAAGUUGAUGCUUCAAAUUGUCUUGGUAUAAGUGUGCUAGCAGAGUGUCUUGACUGCCCAGAGCUCAAGGCUACUGCAGAUGACUUUAUCCACCAGCAUUUCACAGAGGUUUACAAGACAGACGAGUUUCUGCAGCUAGAUGUUAAACGUGUAACACAUCUCCUGAAUCAAGACACGCUAACUGUAAGAGCAGAAGAUCAGGUUUAUGAUGCUGCUGUCAGGUGGCUGAAGUAUGACGAGCCAAACCGUCAGCCUUACAUGGUUGACAUUCUUGCUAAAGUCAGGUUUCCUUUAAUUUCAAAGAAUUUCCUCAGUAAAACAGUACAAGCUGAGCCACUUAUCCAGGACAACCCUGAGUGCCUCAAAAUGGUUAUAAGUGGCAUGAGAUACCAUCUGCUUUCUCCAGAAGACAGAGAAGAGUUGGUGGAUGGCACUCGCCCGCGAAGAAAAAAGCACGAUUACCGCAUUGCCUUGUUUGGUGGCUCACAGCCACAGUCAUGUCGGUAUUUUAAUCCAAAGGAUUACAGCUGGACAGACAUCCGAUGUCCCUUUGAAAAGCGGAGGGAUGCAGCUUGUGUUUUCUGGGACAACGUGGUUUAUAUUUUGGGCGGCUCCCAACUUUUUCCUAUAAAGCGAAUGGACUGUUACAAUGUUGUGAAAGACAGCUGGUAUUCCAAGCUGGGGCCUCCAACACCUCGGGAUAGCCUUGCAGCUUGUGCAGCAGAGGGUAAAAUAUAUACAUCUGGUGGUUCUGAAGUAGGAAAUUCUGCAUUAUAUUUGUUUGAAUGCUAUGAUACCAGAACAGAAAGUUGGCACACAAAGCCCAGUAUGCUGACUCAGCGAUGCAGUCAUGGGAUGGUAGAGGCAAAUGGUCUCAUAUAUGUAUGUGGAGGAAGUUUAGGAAACAAUGUUUCUGGAAGAGUCUUGAAUUCCUGUGAAGUUUAUGACCCAGCAACAGAAACGUGGACAGAGUUGUGUCCGAUGCUUGAAGCCCGAAAAAAUCAUGGACUUGUGUUUGUGAAAGACAAAAUAUUUGCCGUUGGGGGACAGAAUGGCUUAGGUGGCUUAGACAAUGUGGAAUAUUAUGACAUUAAAGUGAAUGAGUGGAAGAUGGUCUCUCCCAUGCCAUGGAAAGGUGUGACUGUAAAAUGUGCUGCUGUGGGUUCCAUAGUUUAUGUCUUAGCAGGCUUUCAGGGUGUAGGUCGUUUGGGACACAUCCUUGAAUAUAAUACUGAAACUGAUAAAUGGAUAGCCAACUCUAAAGUCCGUGCUUUCCCAGUGACCAGCUGUUUAAUCUGUGUAGUUGAUACUUGCGGAGCAAAUGAGGAGACACUAGAAACAUGAAGAUUUCAGGAUUGCUACUUAUGAUGUUUCUGCAUUUCAAUUUCAUCUUGUCAAGAUGUCGGUACCACAGAAUUUUUUGGGAUGAAAUCCUUCACUUUAUCUCCACUAUGUGUAUAAGGUGGAUUUGCUUGUCAAAGUUUUUUUUUUUGGAAGUAACUCAAGAAUCUACAACCCUAGAUUGAAGACACAUGAAGUUUCCUUAAGAUGCAUGUGUGCAGUUUUGCCACAAACUCUGCUGUCUAGGUAUAUUGUGAAAUAUUCCAACAAGAGAUUAUUAUUUUUUAGUAACCUUCAUUUUUCAGAGUUUGAAAUAAUUAAUAUCUUCAGGUAGCAAAAAUGAAUGAAACAAACCCUAUUAGUUGGAGUAACUUUGCUCAGACAUCUGUUCUGCUGAAACAUCUGUUCUACAAAGAGAGAUACUGCAUUACUUCAAUGCAGGUCCCCCACAGGAUGGUAUCCAGUUACUGAGUGAAAAGUUACUGAGUGCUUUCUAACUAUUUAUGCACCUUCUUCUGGUACUGAGCAGGCUCAGAUAACUAGGGGCAUAUCUUAUAUGAGCAUCUUUCACGCAACUGGAAUGGUGACUGGCAACAGGCAGUUACUCCCUCCUCCAUGUUCUUAAUGCCAUCUGUGCAAAGCUACAAACCUGUGGUAUGUUUCCACUAUGUCCUGUCCGCCAUGUGCAUGGGAUAUGAUGCUUUUUCAUUAGUGCAUCUACUUCCUAAAAUAUUUACUGUGCAGAUGAGGGUACAAACUGCACCUCUCUACAGGAGUCCUACCUAGACAUACUAGAAGGCAGCUGUUCAUUUACAGGAGAAAGUAAAUGUGUUGUUAGGAAUAGUUGGAGUGGAACUAAACUUGCCCAGGCAAUUUCCAUUCAUUGGUUUUGUCCCUAAUUGCAGUCUAAUAAGUGUAGGGUAGCCGAAGUAAAACCCAGGAAAUAAGUUUGUUUAGAAUGUCUGUUCCUUCCAAUUCCUUCUUCUCAUUGGGGUAGAUCAAAAUUCAUACCAUUUUUUACAUGCCUGAUUUAAUAUGCAUCUAAAGUUCCAAAAACUGCAUAGUGUGUACUGUAAAAAGAUUGACAUAAGUUUACAUGUGAUAAAGUGAACGACUUAUGACUUGUGCAAAAACACGUUUGGGGUAUAAUAUGUGCUUUAGGUUGAGAACAUCCUAUAUUAUUUAAAGUACAUUUUUGUAUACUUUGUAAUACUGCCUUUAAUACUAUGUUAAAGUGAUACACAUACCUUCAGAGUGAUGCAAGUCUAAUAUUUAAAAUGACUAUUUUUUCAUGUUGGGUCUUUAAAAAAAUUCUGAAGCACAUUUUUUAUAUUAUGUUUUAAAGUAUUUCCCUCAUCAAACCUUUUGCCAAAAAUUGAAUAAUUUGAUCAAUAAGAAACUUAAAUCUAGCAGAUGCUAGUUUUAACUUUUUUGUUUUUAAAGGGGGUUCCCAUAUAGUGCACAUUUAACUUCCAUCAGUCCAAAUAUGGACCAUCCAGUAUGAAAACUCAUUUUCCUUAAUUCUAGAUAUAUCCCUGUUACGUAACUAGACAUUGUGUGACAAAACGGAUUCAUUGUCAGUUCUUAGUAAAUGGACUCGGUGCAACAAGUUUUAUUGGACUGUUUUUGUGUAUUAACAAAUAAUGUAUUGAUAAACCUUGCCUACUGAUUACUUUUGCUAAGUAGAAGCAAUUUUUUUGGAAACAUACCUCAGUGAGGCUUGUUGUCAGUAAACUUUGUUAAAUAAAUAUGUUUUUCUUAAGGUG